GCUCUCACAUUCCUAGCAUUCCAUUCUCUCUGAACAAUCAGCCUCGGUUAUUUAUUAGUGCAGCGAGCAGUGGGGCUAGCUCAGUCUACAGCGAGGAAGCGCACAGCACAUAUUCACACGCAUUAUUACUGAAGCACUAAAGUAUUGUCAGUAUACGCGUCUUUACUUCCCAUGGAACAGUUCGCGGAUUUAUUAUCUAAUAAUCAACGUAGACUAGUUUUCAAUUUUUAAUUUUCAUAUGAAGUUGUGAUUGGAGUCUGUGAAAGCCACCAGCCAUCAACUCCCCCUUGACGUUACCACUUCUUUUUCUGUAAACCUGACCUCCUCAUCAUGAGAACCGCUGAGGAAUCGUCUGGCACGGUCCUCCAUCGGCUGAUCCAGGAGCAGCUCCGCUACGGCAACCUGACAGACACUCGCACCCUACUGGCUAUCCAGCAGCAGGCCCUGCGAGGGGGAGGCAGUGGAGGGGGUGCGGGCAGCCCUCGCUCCUCCCUGGAGAGCCUGACCCAAGAUGAGUGUCAGCUGGUCCACCUCUCCACCAGACAGGAGCCCCAAGGACAGGAGCAUCAGGGCGACCACCCGCACUCCGAGAGCUCCUUGCAGUGCCUCUACCAACUCCACGGAGAGGAGCUGCCCACCUACGAGGAAGCCAAGGCCCACUCCCAGUACCUGGCCUCCCAGAGGCUGCAGAUGGGAUACCCCUUAACCAUGGAGGACACUAUGAGUAUCCACCAUGAUGAUGGCCUGAAGGACCUGAAGCACGGCCACGUGCGCUCUCUCAGUGAGCGCCUCAUGCAGCUCUCUUUAGAGAGGAAUGGAGCGAAACCCCACUCAGCCAUGAGCUCCUCACACAGCUACCCUCAGCUCUCCAAAAGCUACGCCCACCAGGGCUCCCAGCCACAGCAGCAGCAGCCAGCAGACCAUCGAGGCCCCCCACCAGAGUCCCCUUUCCUGGUCAAGUCUCCCGGGCCCAUGCUGAGCCACUCCCAGGAGCAGGGACACUACUACAACAAGCCUCCUCCCUCCUUCCACCAUCACACCCACAGGUAUUUGCAAGCCCAGCCCCAGCCACACCACCAGGCUGCCAGGCACAGCCCUCUUUCCACACUGACCCCUGCUGGAGUGGAGGCCUUCAUAGCAGCCCAGGCAGCCUCAGCCAGCAGCCAGGUGGCCCAGAUAGAGAGGCUAAGGAGGGAGAACGAGAGGCUGAGGAGGGAGGCGGAGGGUUACAGCGAGAAGGCAGCCCGCAUCCACAAGUUGGAAAUUGAGAUCCAGCACAUAUCUGAGGCCUACGAGACUCUGAUGAAGGGCUCUGCAAAGCGGGAGGGUCUGGAGAAAGCCAUGAGGAACAAGAUGGAGGCAGAGAUCCGGAGGCUGCAUGAUUUUAACCGGGAUUUGAGAGAUCGUCUGGAAACUGCCAAUAAACAGCUGACAGCGAAGGAGAUGGAAGUUUCAGAUCAAAACCAGAACAGCGUGUCCAAGCUCCUAGCACAAAGCCGCGCACUGCAGUGUGAGAAGGAAAGGUCUGAGCGGGAGGAGUCGGCCCUGCGCAGCUUAAACGAGGAGCAGCGCUGCAGGCUGCAGGUGCUGGAGCAGGCGCUGGGCUGCGCUCAGAGCAAGGCGGCCCGGCUGGAGGAGGAGCUGUGCAGGAAGAGAGCCUACGUGGAAAAGGUGGAGCGGCUGCAGCAUGCUCUGUCCCAGCUGCAGACGGUCUGUGAGAAGAGGGAACAGCUGGAGCAGAGACUGCGCACCCGGCUGGAGCAAGAGCUGAAGGCACUGCGCUCACAGCAGCGUCAGGACACUAGCCAGGGCCAGCCCCCUACAUCGGAGCAGAGCAUCCCCCAGCUGAUGGAGUGUCUGCGUGAGAAGGAGGAGCGCAUCUUGGCUCUGGAGGCCGACAUGACCAAGUGGGAGCAGAAAUACUUGGAGGAGAGCACCAUGAGGCAGUUUGCAAUGGACGCGGCUGCCACCGCUGCAGCACAGAGAGACACCACCAUCAUCAACCACUCCCCCCGACACUCUCCCAACAGCAGCUUCAAUGAGGACCUGGUUUUGGCCAGCCACCGGCACCAAGAGAUGGAGAACAGAAUUCGUGACCUGCACACUCAGAUCCUGGAGAAGGACGCAGUGAUCAAGGUACUGCAGCAGCGCUCCCGUCGAGACCAUGUUAAGGGGGAGCAGCCUGCCCUGCGGCCGGCCAAAUCUGUCCCAUCCAUCGCCUGCACCACUGUAGCCACACCAAGCUGGCACAGCUCCAGCUGCCCCACUGUGCACCGAGGAGCCAUGGUUAAGAGUCUGUCGGACGACCAGACAGCAAGCUCCUCCUCCACCUCUGUGCCCCUGACCACUCACUCCAAACACGGCAGUCAGGACGGGAGCACCCAAACUGAGACAACCUCGCCAGAGCCCUCCCCCAGCAAUGAGCCCACUGCCACUGCCAGCGAGGAGCCCCAAGCAGCACCCGCCACUUUCGAUAACUCAGAGCAACUGGCGCCCUUCAGUACCUAUAGGGGCCUGGACUUGCUGGAGGGAGACAUGGUUGAAUUUCUUAUCUGAGGAAUUCUGAGAUUUCAGAAAAGAGCAGUCUGGGCCAAGCUUCACUGCUGAGGACACCCCCCUCCCCCCACCUCGUACCUUUAUGUUUAACAAGAUGACAGUGAGAGGCGGGUGUGGGGUGAUACAAACUGAUCUCCUAACCAGCAAUCUGCUGCAAGAAAAAAGCAAGGAGACUUAACGUAACAAAAACUGGACAAUGAAGUAAGUGCUGUGAACUGCAGGUAUACACAGGAAAACGGAUGAGCUUGCCCUGUGUGCUGGUCUACAGUACAAUGAUAUUGCAUGGAAAAGACAGAGGCUUAAGGAUGCUGCUACUCAUGGUAGUUUUCCUCUGCCUGGUGCAAGGGUUACUGUGCAAACCCCUGUUUUGCGUGGGACAGUAUUUUACAUGGACACUGCAAACAGCUCAAUGGUGUGGAUAACGGACGUUGCAUAUUUUAUAUAUUGCUGCUGCUUGUGAGAAAUAUGAGCGAGAGAGGGAGUGUGAGCAGAACUUUUGCAGUACAUCAUUCGGGGCUUUUGAAAAAUAUUACUUAUUAUUAUUAUUAUUAUUAUAUAUUAUUAUUAUUAUUAUUAUUAUUCUUUAUCAGUGUCUUAUUACCCUAUCUCCUAUUUAAAUUUUUUGCCGUUGUUUUUGUGUGUCUCAAGUUCUGUGAAACAACAAUAUUUAGUGUUCAGGAAGCUCAUGUCUCUUACAUGAAAUCUAUCCUCAGAUUCCCAACUGUGACUGUAACACUCCAGUCGCCUUGCUUACCAGAUAUGAGCUGCCUACAUGUGUGUGGGCUACAGUAGGCCCUGUCUAUUUGAAAUGGUGCGCUCGAUUGUUCAGAACUUCACAAGCUCUACUACAAAGGCCUAUGGUGGCCUUUUUGGACCAGAGUGUUCAACAUUCUCAACCUCUUCCAAAAAAAAAAAAAAAAAAAAAAAAAAAAAAAAAGCUGUUCUGUAUUGCUAUUUUUGCUUUUGCUAUUUUUAAUCAAAGCUAGCAAGUCUUUGAUCUUGGGAAAGGGACCCUGUAACAAACGAUUUCCAGUUUAACAAAAUGGACCCCCUUUAAAACUGAAAGCCCACGUUACAUCAAUUGGUUUGAUUAAUAACCUGGGUGGCAAAAACUGCUGUGCAUUAUCACAUGUUACUAGCAUGACAGCAAAGUCAAAAUUUAAAGCAAGAUCCUUCUUGGCAAACAGCAUUUCUGUCCCUACCGUGAAGACUGUAGACUUGCAUGCUGCUAGCCAUUCCUCCAUUCCAGGCAAACGGUAACAGCCAAUCCCAAAUUCCUCCUGACAGAUGGAAUGUGACUCAAAGGCAAUCAUUAGUCCUGACUAAGAUGCCCUUCUUCACUGAUCUCAAGCAUCUCAUUGUUGCUUAUUUGGUUGUGUUUCUUGUCCCGGGUGCAUUUCCUCUGGCAGCUGGUUCUGUGUAGUGCUAGUUUCUAAAUCAGAGAGGCAGUGAAGCAUGGUAACUCUGGAGUUAUCCCACCCUGCCACCAUUAGGAUCCUUAUACACACUGGGAACUGGAAAAGAUUGGCAGUUGGUUGUAUUUUUUAUAGAAAAGAAUGCCUUUUUGUUUUGUAUUUUUCAAGUGCAAUGCAUUUGCUGGCCAGUGCUUUGUAUUGAAACUGCAGUGUGCCUCCUUAACUUUUUGUGUUCUUGUUGCUGUUUGUGCUUUGUUUACAAAAAUAAUAUUGUGAAGCGAGAAAACUUAACUUAAUAUAUUUUGUAUAAAUAUUUGUAUUCAAUGAGUAUUUAGUCAUAUGAAUAUUAUGCCAAAGACAAUUCUGAUGCAUUCUUAUUAAGUUAUAACAGUAAGUAUUUAAAUGUAAACUUGAGCAUAGCAGUCCACCACAUGGUCUGCCCAUACUUGGAGGUUGCUGUGAGCUUCUCUUCUGUGGGGUUUUUCUAUUGAAAUGUCAGUCCCAUUUCAUUAAUAAAAUAAAUGUAAUAUAUA